AUGAGGCUCCAAGCGGCCCUUUUAAUCGCUGCGUGCGUGUCGCCCGCAGUGGCUAUCUACCCCGACGAGGUUAACCACAUUGACUUCCACCACGCCCUCCUCGGUACCCCCUCCCCCGACUCAACCUUCUUCCUCAAGCCUUCCUCCGCCUCGAAUGCAUCACUUCUCUACACAAUCUCCGACAAAUCAAUCCUAGGUGCUGUCAAUCCUCGUGAUGGUGCAUUGCUAUGGCGCAAGGACCUCUCCCGGCUGGGCUCUUCUUCCCACGGGGGCGGUAUCCUGCGCGGCUCGGAUGGAAAUAAUGCUGUUGUCGGCGCAGCCGGAAAUUAUAUCUCAUCUUGGACUGCUCAAGAUGGCAAGUUGAUUUGGGAAAACAAAUUCCAAGAUGGAGUUGUCGCGGAUGUUGAGCUGCUGGAGCUGGAGGAGGCCAGCCCGACCGGUGCCAGAGAUACCCUAGCAUUAGUUGGUAGGGAAACUACCGGCACUGUGAGACGAUUGGAUGGCAACACUGGAAAGACGAAAUGGGAAUCUAAGGAUGCCAGUGGUGAUCUUGCGUUCCAGGUGUCAUCUUCCCCAACAGAGGUCUUCUAUAUUUCGCUCCAGUCGACUUCGCUGAAAGGCUACAAGAUCAAAGUCACUGCCUUGGAUCCGGUAAAUGGUCGUCAAAACCGGCAAUACGUUUUGAACUCGGAGAAUGAAAUCGCAACCCCGGAAUCCGUUCUCUUCGUCGGCGCCAAUGUUGCCUCACCCUUGAUCGUCUGGGCGGACAAGGGCCAUAAGAACCUGAAGGUCAAUGUCAUUGGCACAAAGCAGAUUCAAACCGUCAACAUCGAAAACAACUCCGGCCAAGAGAUUCGUCAGAUUACAGUCCAUGCUCCACACAAGCUGAACUCGCUUCCGCACUUCUUGGUCCACUAUGUGACUGAGACCGGCGCAUGGGCCGAAGUCUACCAUGUGGACUUGAAGUCUUCUGCUGUGACAAAGGCAUACCAACUGCCCUACUUGCAGGGACAGUCCGUGGUGUCUACUAGCAACGUUGACGCUAAUGUUUACUUCACCCGCGUUACCGACUCGGAGGCUGUCAUUGUUUCGUCUGCAUCACACGGAGUUUUGGGACGCUGGGAUGUGGAAGCCGCUUCUACCAAGCGUGCACUGCAUGCGGUGUCAGAAGUGAUUUCCAAGGGAAAGUCCGUGGCUGUUCGUUCAGUUGUUCUGCGGGAAGCUGGUAUUUGGGAAUUGGUUCGCAAUGGUCAAACUGAAUGGACUCGGCACGAAGAUUUGAUUGAUGCCGUGGCUGCAACUUGGGUGGAACAGGCAAUCCAGGAGAAUCUGGCUCACGAGCUGGAGGUCGAGGGACAUGAAAGCUUGGUUGGCGCUUACAUUCAUCGGGUGAAGCGCCACGUCCGCGAUCUUGAACAUCUUCCAGACUGGCUCAAGCAACUUCCUCAGCGCAUCGUGAGCAGUGUGCUGACGGACGAGGUCACCAACCUCGAUAACUUCGGCGUGGCCAAGCCGGUUAUCGUGGCUACCAAGAGUGGCCGUCUGUACUCCCUGAACACUGGCAAGCAGGGCGUUGUUGAAUGGAGUACCCAAAUCGAAGAGACAUCACAAUGGGAUGUUAAAUCUAUUGUGACCCGACCCGGAGAAGCCACAAUUUAUGCCGGUGAUGGAAGCUCUGCAACUGUCAACGUCUCUACCGGCGAAGUCACUUCUCGCACUGUGCCUACAAACACCAAACUGCAAUCUGUAGUAUCUCUUGAGAACAACCCAGCUCUUGGCAUCCAAGAAGAUGGUUCGCCGGCUACUGUCUUUGACGCUAGCACCGGAUUUCUGGUGACGACCAGCGCCGAUGGUCGUGUUCUCGGUUGGUGUGGACAGGACAACAAGUCCCCAGUAUGGGAGUUUGUGCCUCCUUCUGGCCAGAAAGUUGUUCAUGCAACAUCUCGUCCUGAGCACGAUCCAAUUGCAUCGAUUGGAAAGGUUCUCGGUGAUCGGUCUGUUCUAUACAAGUAUCUCAACCCCAAUCUAGCACUCAUCACCGCUGUGAACGAGAAGAACAACACUGCCGGCUUUUACCUCCUGGACGGUGUUUCUGGCAAGGUGCUCCAUGCUACAACCCAGUACGGCAUUGACCCAACGCAACCUAUCGCGUCGGUCCUCACUGAGAACUGGUUUGCCUACUCCUUCUUUGGCGAUGUUGUCGACGAGUCAUCUGCCAAGGGAUACCAGCUUGUGAUCUCCGAACUUUACGAGUCAUCUAUCGCCAACGACCGUGGUCCUUUGGAUUCGGCUGGCAACUAUUCUAGUCUUCACGGCAGCAAUGGCGACAGCCCCCCUGUACCUCAUGUUAUUUCCCAGGCCUUUGUGAUCCCUGAGCCUAUCUCUCACAUGGCCGUUACUCAGACUCGUCAAGGAAUUACCACCCGCCAGCUCCUCUGCACUCUGCCAGAGUCUAACUCUAUCAUCGGCAUCCCUCGUCCCGUUCUAGACCCUCGUCGCCCUGUUGACCGAGACCCUACCUCUUCGGAGGCGGAAGAGGGACUUUUCCGUUACACCCCAUUCCUAGAAUUUGAUGGCAGGUGGUUCCUCACUCACGCACGUGAUGUUGCGGGCAUCAAGACUGUCCUAUCCCGGCCUACUCUACUGGAGAGCACCAGCCUCGUAUUCGCCUUUGGUGGGGAUAUUUACGGGACACGAGCUACUCCUAGCCAGGCUUUCGAUGUCCUUGGAAAGAGCUUUUCUAAAUUGCAGCUUGUUCUAACGGUUGUGGCCUUGGCGAUUGGUGUCACCUUUUUGGCUCCUAUGGUCCGAAAGAAGCAGGUCAAUCAGCUAUGGAAAGCGGUUUAG